AUGGCUACCGUUACCGUGCGACCGGUCUCACAAACGGGCCAGUCUCCGUCGGGCCGUCAUCAAGCUCAGUCCGGCUCUGGGGAUGACGAUGAGGACGAGGGUUGGGCUGAUAUGAUGAAGAAACGUGAUAAGAAGAAGAAUAGCUGGAAGAUGAAGAGGACUACUUCUUCCUUUGGCGAUUUGUUGGGUGCUGUGCAUUGA